CAUGGGCUUUUCUUGCCACUGAAGACUAAGUUGUAGAUAAAUCUCUGAAUAUUUACUGAAGUGGAUUGCUAAACCUGAAGAUUAUAACAUCUGACAGUAGACUAUCUACAGGGUUUCGAGAUCUAGAGAGCAGCUACAGGCAACUUGACUGUUACUCUUGGUCUGUAAACUGCACUUGAAAUGAAUUAGAAGUCUCAAAGUAUACACCAUGUGAAUUGUUGUAAAAUCUCUGAUGGAAAGCAAGAUGGAUGGUGAUGGAGGGGAAUGGGAAGAAGUGAUCACCCUUCAAAAUGAAGAUAAGGAAACAAACUCAAAGAGAAAACUUGAGGAGCAGGGAGGACAGCAUCGUAGGAAAUCUAGAUCAGAUGUGGUGAAUGGUGAGGGAGAUGACGAAGAUUUUGAACCCGACUGUGAAGUCCUGAACCGACUGUCGUUCAUGUCGAUGACGGCGGAUCUGUCUUUCUUGCCGGAGUGUGAUUGGACCGAGGUCUGCCGAGCAAAAGGAAAGCAGGAGUUGGGAGAGGAUGAUGAAGGCGAUGAUGAUAAUCCAUUGAAUAUUGUGCCAGAUGACGGAUCCACCAUUCUGGAUAUCCUUCCUUGGGAAGAUGUUUUAGUCUCAAGAAUUCUACCCUUCUUGGACCUCAGGGACUUGUUUCAGUUGCGCCAAGUUUCCUGUGGAUUCCGAGACGUGGUUGCAAUAUUCUUUGCCUCCAAUCAUCACCUUGAUCUGUCCGUUGAAGGGCCAGAGUUCACUCCUGAUGCAUUCCGCGUGGUAUCCAGUGAGGCCAAGAACCUCACCACACUCAACGUUGCCAAUUGCAAGAAGUGGAUCACGGACGAUCUAAUCCUACCAGUCAUUGAAGCAAACAGAAACCUUCGGGAUAUCAGCAUCUCUGAAAACUCCAGCCUGUCGACUAACGUGGUGCGAAGGAUAGCCACUCGGUGUCCAGACCUGUGCAGCCUGUCCCUUGCAGAAUGCCAGCAGGUGACAUCCACCUCUGUGGAGUGUGUUGGAAUGAACUGUGACCAGUUGGAACACCUAGACCUCAAGGGAUGCUGGGCAAUGGACGAUGAUACCAUUUCUCUGGUGCUACAGCUUCACCCACAUUUGAAGUGGUUGUCUGUAGCUAGAGCGUAUGGUGUUACCGAUCUCCUAGUAGAUCAGAUCUGUGCGUAUUGUCCAAACAUUGAGUACUUGGAUGUUCAAGGGUGCUGGAGGAUCACUGAUGAUGCAGUUCGCAAAUUAUGGAGCUUGGAGAACUUGAAAACAUUGAAAGUCAAAGACUGUCGACACAUAACUGAGAGAAGUUUAGCAAGGUUCCGUUCCAAGGGGGUUCAUAUCGAUAUCUUACUUCCGGAGGAGAGCGAUCUUGCCAAGUUAGAGCGCCACCUGAGAGCAAGGGAGUUUGCACGAGCUAGAAGUAUGCCACCGAACUUUGCUUUAUGAUGACACCGAUCUACCAGGGCUUGGGUACUUAAGCUUGAAUGUAAAUCUAUUGGAAAGAAUAACAUGUGGUAUGUUUAUAAAUUCAAACUUAUUGGUGACUGUCUUUCUCAAACCCAUGGCAAGUAUGCAGGCCAAAAUGGAUUUUUAGAUUUUUAUGAAGAUUUUUUUUUAUGAUUUAUAACUUGUCAAAAUUCAAGUUUAACAAUAAUCCAAUUCUUUCUCUAAGAAUUUAAUUGAGAGAUUCAAGGCAUAAAGAUUGAAGUUUUGUGUCCACUGACUCAAUCAUGAUAAAUUUAUUUUUAUGUGGAGCGUUGUGGCCCAGUGGAUUAGUCUCCGGACUUUAAAACAGAGGGUCAUGGGU